AUGGCAACCGAUCUUUCAACCACUCUUCCAGCCUUUGCGGCAUUCAGCGGUAUUACCGCUCAUCUACUUCUAUAUCGCCAUGGGGAAUGGGAUGUCAAUGCCCCCAAGCUGGUGGUUAUAUACAUAAUCAUCUUGUUGGUUGCGGUGGCCCUGGAGAGGGCGGCAAACAACUCAGGGCUUGAGCUUGGCCCAAAGCCGUGCGCUGCACAGGCCAUGGGCUAUCAUCUCUUAGGCUUGUAUGGCUCCAUGGCUUUCUACAGGGGUUUUAUGCAUCGUCUGUCUCGAUUCCCUGGCCCAUUUCUUGCCAGAUUGUCAAAUUUCUACGUUACUGCAUUGUCCGCCCGGAAGCUUCACCUUUACGAGGAGACAGAGAAACUGCACAAGAAAUUUGGGGAUUAUGUGAGGCUAGGCCCCACGGAGUUAUCUAUUGCCGAUCCAGAUGCAGUGAAGGCAUUAUACGGCCCUCAAGCAAAAGUUUCUAAAGGGCCUUGGUACACAGUUUUGGAACCCCGCGUCUCUCUUCAAAUGGUCAGAAACAAGCAGGAGCAUGCACGUCGAAGAAAGGUCUGGGACCAGGGCUUCAGCUCUCGAGCCUUGCGUGACUAUGCGCCCCGAGUAUCACAUUACACAGAACUACUCAUUCAAAACAUUCAUAGCGAGCUCGGACGCCCCAUGGAUGUAUCUCGGUGGUUCAACUACUAUAGCUUUGAUGUGAUGGGUGACUUAUCAUUUGGAAAAUCAUUCGAUAUGCUCGUUGACGGCAAGGACGCUUAUAUUUUAAAACAAAUGCACGCGGAUAUGAAAAAUGUUGGAUUAUUCAGUCAUCUGACUUGGUUAUUCCCAUUUUUCAAAAGGAUCCCAGUGUUGAACACGAACUAUCUGAAAUUUUGGAGUUGGGUGGAUAAGCAUGUUGAGGAAAGAAUUCAGAACUCUCCAGAUCGUCCUGAUGUCUUUUCCUGGAUUCUGGAGAAUUAUGAGCAACAUCCAAAGACAAAACAAAAUACCCUCGACCUCCACGGUGAUGCAUACCUGAUCAUCGUAGCUGGCAGCGACACCACAGCCGCGACCCUGACGAACAUGUUCUUUCAUCUGGCUUUUGACCGGACGUUAUGCGAUAAUCUUCAGGCUGAGCUGGAUGCUUUGCCAGACUUGUCUUACGACAGUCUAAGGGGAGCCAAAUUACUUGAAGCAGUGAUUAAUGAGACACUUCGUCUGCAUCCUGCAGUGCCAUCAGGCACCCAGCGCAAGUCUCCGCCUGAAGGCAUGACUAUCGGCAAUACCUACAUUCCAGGAGACGUCAUCGUGUGUGUACCAGUACACACAUUAUUCAGAGAUGAGCGCGUCUUUGUACGCCCAAAUGAAUUUUUACCAGAGAGGUGGACGACCCACCCAGAGCUUGUCAAAGACCCAUCUGUGUUUAUUCCAUUUAGCAGCGGGCCAUACUCCUGCGUCGGAAAACAACUUGCAUUGAUGGAACUUCGCCGAGUGACUGCAGAGAUACUCACCCGGUAUGAUACCGCAUUUGAUGGAAAGCAGACUGUGCCCGCAUUUUGGGAUGGCAAGAGAGAUACAUUCACGCUUGUCACAGCGCCGCUAUGGCUCGUAUUUAAAGAGCGGGAAAUGCGUGUCUGA